GCUUCCGAAGCAGCCACCAAGCUGCAGAAGCGGAAAAUGAAUCAAUAAUAUUGUUGCCCCUCCGGCGCAAAAGGGGACUGACCUGCCUCCAGCUCCGCAUAAAAACGCCCCCUCGCAGCAGCCCUUCUCGUCGCUCCACCCUCACGCUCUUUUCUCCCAAUGCCUGAGCCUGUUCGAGCUCCUGCCCCCAAUCGCGUAUCCAGCCCCGCUAUUGGUGUGGUGGUUGCGCGAAUCAGCUGUAUUCCUGCGCGCAUCUUGCGUGUACGCGGUCGCUCGUGGGGAUUCCGUUCACCGGCUUGUUUCUUGUCUCGUCCCCGGCGUUCUUACGCUCGAUCUGCCGCAGUCAUAGCAGAAAACUAUCGUUCAGUGGAUGAACAUCACCCCCUCUUUGCAAAGGAGUGAAAACCUAAGAAUCAUGGUGAAGAGCCAGGAGCGAAUCGGGUCCUCCUUUCGUUCUCAAGGGAGCCUUUCAGCUCACGCACAAUUGCAAAGCGAGUGCUCCGUGUGCUUCGAGGAGGUGGCUGUGUAUUUCACAGAGGAGGAGUGGGCUCUGCUGGAUCCCGAGCAGAGGGCUCUUUACGAGGAAGUCAUGGUGGAAAACUAUAGGAAUGUGGCGUUCCUGGCAGAUGAGAGGAAACGAAGUACAGACUGUGGGGGAAGAUACAUGGAUUUGAAGGAUGAAAAAGAAUCUGGAAAUAAAAAAAGACUAAAGAGAAGUAAGAGGGAAGGAAGCCAGAAGCAGAGGACAAAGUCAUUUGCCUUUCAUAAGAGGAAUCUCCAUGAAAUCCUAGUCACAGAGAAUUUACAGAAGGAAAAAAGAAGGAAUAAAGGCCCUCAGAAUGGGAAAGGGUCUGGCAGCAGCUCCAGUCCUAAGAGACAGCAGAGAACUCACCCAGGGGAGAAAUCAUAUGAAUGCUUAGAGUGUGGAAAGAGCUUUAGCCGGAAGGACAAUCUAGCUUCACACCAAAGGAUUCACACUGGGGAGAAACCAUAUAAAUGCUUGGAAUGUGGAAAGAGUCUUAGUUGCAGCAAAAGACUUACUAUUCACCGGAGGAUUCACACAGGGGAGAAACCUUAUAAAUGCUUGGAGUGCGGAAAAAGUUUUGGUUGUUUCAGAUACCUAACUAUUCACCAAAGGAUUCACACAGGGGAGAAACCAUAUAAAUGUGUGGAGUGUGGGAAAACUUUCAGUCAGAGCACAGGCCUUUCUUAUCACCUAAGGGUGCACACUGGAGAGAAACCGUAUGAAUGCAUGGAGUGUGGCAAGAGGUUCAAUCGAAUUGACAAGCUGAAUUGUCAUCAAAGGAUACACACAGGGGAGAAAUUACACAAAUGCUUAGUGUGUGGAAAGAGCUUCAUGGAGAGAAAUAACCUCGCUUCUCACCAAAGGAUGCACACAGGUGAGAAACCAUACAAGUGCUUGGAGUGUGGGAAGAGCUUCAGUCAGAAAGGAAGCCUCACUUACCACCAAAGGAUUCACACAGGUGAGAAACCAUAUAAGUGCUUGGAGUGUGAGAAGAGCUUCAGCCAGAAAGGAAGCCUCAUUUACCACCAAAGGAUUCACAUAGGAGAGAAACCAUUUAAAUUCCGGGAGUGUUGAGUUUCAAUUGGAAGAUGAACUUUCCUACUGAACAAGGGAUUCACACUAGGGAGAAAACAUAGAAGUGCACUGAAUUUUGGCAGAGCACAGGUACAGCACAAACCUGACUUCUCACCAAAGGAUGCACACUGGGGAGAACUCGUUCGGUGUGAAAAGAGCUGCAUUUGCACUACAAGCCUUAUUGUUUGCCACAGAAUCCACACAAAAGAAAAACCGUGUAAAUGAAGGCUAUCCCAAUCCCAGAGCAGUAACAGUUUUCAUAUUUUUCACACUCAUGUCAGAAAUCCCAUCUAAAUGUUAUGAGUCAGUGUGAUGUAGGGAUUGGAGUGUCGGACUAGGGUCAAGGAGACCCAGAUUCAAAUCCCUCCUCUGCCAUGGAAGCUUGCUGGGUGACCUUUCGGGCUGAGAGCUAAGCUGGUCAAAGGUUACACAGCAAGCUUCCAUGGCAGAGGAGGGUUGUUGUGAGGAUAAAAUUUGAAGGGAGAAUGACUUGAGCUGCUUAUGGUUCCCAUUGGGUAGAACAGUGGGAUAUAAAAGAUUGUAAGAACGGUUUGUAUAAUAAAUCAGGAUUGCUUUUAAUCUUCAGUAAGUGACUGUUUCAGAACUUUGAGCGUGUCAGCAUUACAUUGCAUUACAUUGCUAGAAGACUGCAGGCAAUUAGUGGAUGGCCAUAAUCUCUGACAGCUUCUUGACAGCUGUAUGUACCUGACUGAGCCGGUUUGGUCUGGUUCCUCCCCUAUGAAUGAUGCAAUGCAGGGGGAGCUAGAUGACUCAGCGUCUGACUGCUGAUUAGACACUUGUCAGGACUGAAACGUAUAUAUGUGUACAUGUUCUGAACAGUUACCCCCUGCCUAAAAACAGACUGUCUGGCAAAGCACUUUGUCGGAUUGUACAAAGUACUGGAUGGCUCUUUGGACUGUAUAUUUUGUAAAUAAAUGUAAAUAGUUUUAGCACUA